AUGAAAGCAAAUCCAGAAAUCAAUCUGAGAAAUCUGCAUAGUAAGUUUUCAAAAAAAUGGAAUAUUGGUGUGUCUAGGUCUACAACAACCAAGGCAAAAGCCAUGGCUACUGCCAACAUUGAAGGUUGUUUCAAACUGCAGUAUGAAAGACUAUAUGAUUAUGCACAUGAAUUACUGAGAUCAAACCCUGNAUCAACANUGAUANUAAAAGUUGGACGAAAUNGGGAUAAUGUUAUAUUCAACAGAAUUUAUGUGUGUUUCAAAGCAUGUAAAGACAGCUUUGUCUGUUGUCGCCCUAUCAUACAUUUGGAUGGUUGUUUUUUAAAAGGCAAGUAUGGAGGUGAGUUUUUAACUGUCGUUGCAAGAGAUGGUAAUGAUCAGAUGUGUCCAUUAGCCUAUGCUGUUGUUGAAGUACAAAAUAAGGAGACAUGGACUUGGUUUUUAGAAUUGUUAAUUGAUGAUCUUGGAGGAGGAGGAUUUUGUUCAAGGUGCACAUUUAUGUCAGAUCAACAGAAAGGACUUAUGCAAGCUUUCCAGCAAUUGCUGCCUGGUGUGGACCAAAGUUUCUGUGUAAGGCACUUGUAUUCCAAUUUUCGAAAGAAAUUUCCUGGCAUAAUUUUGAGACAAUUAGUGUGGAAGGCAGCAGCAGCUUCACACCCCCAAGCAUGGGAAACGAUCAUGAGACAAAUCAAGGAUGUCAACGAAGACGCCUUUAAACACUUGAUGAGUAUUGCACCAAGGUUUUGGUCUAGGUCAAGGUUUUCAGGAAGACCUUCAUGUGACACAGUUGUGAAUAACAUCUCUGAAGCUUUUAACAGCGUCAUUGUAGAUGCAAGGGGGAAACCUAUUAUAACAAUGUUGGAAGACAUUCGCAGCUACCUAAUGAAGAGGUGGGCAUCCAACAGACAGAAGAUAACUAAGUAUGAAGGUUCCAUUUGCCCCAAAAUUCAAAAGAGACUUCAUAAGGAGCUACAGAAGACACAAUAUUGGAUACCUAAUUGGUCAGGGCUGCAAGUAUUUGAGAUCCAGCAUACCUCCAAUAUUACAGAAAAGUAUGUGGUUGAUGUAGACAAAAAAGAUUGUAGCUGCAGGAAGUGGCUUCUCAUAGGGAUACCUUGCUGCCAUGCACUCACAGCUAUGAGGUUUUUAAACCUGACUCCAGAAGACUUCAUACCAAAUUGGUUUAAGACCACCACUUAUGAAGAAACUUACAAUCCAAUAAUUUUCCCUGUCAAUGGACCUGACCUAUGGCAAAGAACAGCCUAUCCUGAUAUUUUGCCUCCUCCUAAUAGGNUCUUNCCANGUAGACCAAGAAAAAAGAGAAGACUCGAGAGUUGGGAGCAAAUGAGGGAUGACACUCAACUUNGACAAGCUGGAAUCCCAAAGAGAUGUGGCAUUUGUAGGCAAUUAGGACAUAGAAGAACUAAUUGCCCUCAAGCAAGUCAACAUCAACACGAUCAACCUACAGCAAACCCCACUCAAGGAAGUGAACAACAAGACCAACAACCUGCACAAGAUGCCACUCAAGGAACUCAACAAGAAGACCACCAACCUACACCACCUGCCACUCAAGGAAGUCAAAUUACUCAUGAUGACACUUCAAGACCAGUUUAG